UUUGUGAACCUCCACUGCUUCUUUCCUUUAACUAGCACAUGCAUAAACUCAACAUGUGUCGGAACAUUAUAUGAGCAAGGUCAAGAAGUUGAAUUGAGCAUUAAGCAGUUUCCAAAUACAGUAAUAAAAAAGGAAAUAUGGAUUGCUUGCAAAUUUUAGCAGUGGUGCUGUUUUUACAUACCAUCUCCGGAUACAGCGUAGAAAAGGCGAACACUAUUCAACGACAGUAUGUCAAACGUGGAGGUAGCUUUGGUACGACUUGUUCCUAUUUCAACUGGAGACUUUGCAUUCCAAAAAAAGGAAAAAAAGACAAUGGGAAGAAAGAUGAAGUCUCAAGGAUGUUAGCUAAAAGAAACGAGGUACAAGAAAUCUUGGAUGAACACCGCAAAAUGAAAAAACAACUACUGGACAGAGUAAUGAGUGAUAGAGAAAAAAAGAUUUCAGACAUUGAACAUGUUGUAGAUUUAAUAUUAAACAUGUAAAUUGUGAUUUUUAUUUUUUUGUUAUUAUUUAGAAAUGUUAAUGAGAUAUCGUCAAUGCACAAAGAAGCUGCGCAUUACUCAUA